AUGAGUCGUAACCGAUUUAUGCUAUUGCUCAGAGUCCUACAUUUUUGCAAAAAUCCGGGACAAAAUGAUAAUCCUACAAGUCGCUUACAUAAAAUCGACAAAAUGACAAAUUAUUUCAAUAAAACAAUGGAAGAACUUUACCAACCAUCUAAAAAUUUAUCGAUCGACGAAUCUAUGGUUUUAUUUAGAGGAAGACUUAUGUUUCGUCAGUAUAUAAAAAAUAAGAGACACAAAUACGGGAUUAAGUUGUAUAUGAUGACUGAGUCGUGGGGAUUGGUUCAUAGAGUUCUAAUUUAUUCAGGAGAGGGUACUGGUACAUCAGAAGAGUUAAGUCAUACCGAAUACGUUGUAGAGAAACUAAUGGAAGGUUAUUAUUACAAAGGCCAUUCAAUCUAUAUGGACAACUAUUAUAACAGUGUCAAGUUAGCACAUUAUUUAUUAGAAAAACAAACAUACUGUACGGAAAAGGGAGUUGGUGUGGUAAAAUGGAAAGACAGACGAGAUGUGAUCGCAAUAUCUUCAGAACAUUCACACGAUUUGGUUUUAGAAAAAUAUAUGAUAACAGAUUUACAUUGUACCGUCAGGAGAUCUCAUACUCGUUUUAUUAGUGAACUUAGUCGUUGUGAUUGUGUCUCAG